UCAGCUUGCAACAUGGUGGUGGUGGUGGUUGGGGAGGUGAGGGAGUUGGGGCGUAUUUGGUGCUCAAUUUCUCAACUUUGUAGUACUGAAAUUUGAUUGUUGGUGGCUCUCCGUCGAAGGAACCAGUGGAGAGCUUUUGAGCAUGGGAUCUAGGAAGAAGCAAGGAGUGGGGUCGAAGAUUUCCACUGACUUCUAGUCUCUUCUCCAGGUCACCCUUAUCUACCUCUAGGGCGUUUGAGGCCAGCUGAGAUUUUCCAGCCCUUCUUGGCUUCUGAAAGGGGAUGUUUCCCCAGAAGCCCCAGUACCAUCUGGUCACCUGGUAGUUGGCCAUCAGCUGCUGCCUGGGCUAGUUUUUUACAAUGGGGUUGAGAUGGAAUGGAACCGGGCCAAGGGUGGUGGCUGCUAGGGACAGGGAAACAUUUAGACUUCUGCUCAGCCUCCAGGCUGUGGUUCACCUCUAGCCCACCCCCUGCAGACCCAGCCACCACACACCUACAGCAGCACCCGAUAAGGCAGAGGCUUGGGCUGGAUAAGGGGAUCUUCAGUAGCUCUUGGACGCAGGUUUUCCCAGAGCUCAGAACCCUUUCCCCUUUCUGACAGGCAGAAGGACCUGCCCUCAAGUCAUACAGCUGUGAGGCCGGAUGCAGUCCUAGUCUGCCUUCUUCCCUCCGCCAGCACUGUGGGGUUCCAUUUCCUUCCGGGCUGUUGUGCAGUGUAGCUCUGCACUAGUAAGGUUCCAAGCUGCAGCAGCAGGAACACAGGCAACUCGAGCAGUGUGUGUGUGUGUGUGUGUGUGUGUGUUGGAGCGGGAAGCGGUGACCCUGCGCAGCCAGCCGGCUUGAGUCCUCGAGUGGGUACACUCUCCUCCAAGAGCACUUAAUUGGGGGGCACUUCUGCUGCCAGGGCUGGGGCUACAAUGCCUAGAGUAGGCACUACCUUGACUGACUAUGCCUGGGUCAGCGCCCUCCACCUGCGUGCCGGGCCCCGCCCUGCCCCCCGCGGGGAGUGUCCCGGAACCACGCCCAUUUGGGCAGGGACAGGCGGGCAGAGCCGCUUGGGCGCAAUUAGGGAUUUGGGGACGCCCGGGAUCACUCCGGUGCUGCUGCAGCGGUUUCCACGUCUGGAACACGCCAUGCUGAGCCGGCGCCGCGUCUUUGUGGUGGAGCGACUUGGCGGCCGGGAUGGGGCCUUUGAGGACCUGGCACAAGGCUGUGUGGUGCCAGGAGUCACCUGCACCUACAGACGGAUACCAGAUAAAACUCCCGGGUGUUCACUGGACUUCAGGGAGGGACGGAGUGAGCUGAGGGGUCUGGAGAGACAGAUGCCACUUCUGAAAUUGGCUUCCCAGGACUCGGGCAUGGAGAUGGUAGUUGGGGACAGCUCUUUGGCUACCUUGUCAGGACUUUCUCAAGAUUCUCUGAACCUUGAGCCCAUGGGGAGCCCUGAGCUGCCUCCUGCCCAGCUAGACCGUCUGCUGGCCAGACAGAAGCUGGAACAGGUGCUGGAGAGAUCUCGAGAGUUUCCCAGCUUGUCUGGGCGGCAUGGCUCCCUGCAGCUGCUAAGCAAGCCUGUAGGUGGAGUGCCCAUCUUUGUAGGAGAACUGGAGUCCACAGAGGCAGACACUGAGCUAGAGGCUGGUCUGGAAGAAGCAAAGGAGGUUGAUCAUAUGGAGUCUGGAGCCUGUACCUGCCUUCCAGGUCAGGGCUUGCGUUACCUGGAACACCUGUGCCUUGUGCUGGAGCAGAUGGCGAGGCUCCAGCAGCUGUACCUGCAGCUGCAGCUGCAGACCCAGAGACCCUCUAGGGAGCCUGAGGAGGAAGUAUUGGCUCCAGCUCUUUCAUCAUCGCAUAUCCCAGACAAUAUGGUCCAGGGGCACAGAGAGGAGCUGAGCCAGACAAAGGACCCAGAAGGUGCAGAGGCAGCUUCACUUCCAGAGGUGGGGGUGCUUGUCACCAGCCCCUCCAGGCUGCCAGAGGCUUUGCUGGAACCUACCCACAUCCUUCCGCCCUCCCAGGAGCCCAAGCAGGAUCUUUCCCACUGGGAUAAGGUCAAGGUUCUGCUCAAUCGGAUCCGCUGGAGGAGCUCUCGACUUCCUGAGCCUCCUGUUCUUCCUGAUAGUUCUGGGCCCAGGAUGGAGUUCAGGAACCUCUCUGACAGGACUCCAUGCCAUUCCCAACGGAAGACCUUUAUACCAACACUGGUGGUUAAGAAGCCACGAGCAAAAAAUCUUUCUGUAUGACCUCUUGGUAUACCUGGUGACCUUGGGUGGAGAGGAUUUGCCAAGAAGUCCCUCCCAUUUUGGCUUACUGCUGCUUCUCUGCACUGCCAGGAAAAGCUAUUGGUGCUUGCUCUUCUUCAAGGUGAAGGCCAAGUCCUUCUCUAAGGCAAGGAGCCCUGGUUCCCCAAGAGGUCCUUGAGUGUAGUUCCAGCACUCUUCCGGGGCACUUCCUCCUCAUCAGAAAUCUCUGGCCAUAGGCAAUGUGAACUGACUUAUUAAUCAGGUGCUCACAGAGCAUGUUUAGUAUGGGAAUGUGUCAGAGUGUUGCAGAAUGUUUAUGCAAUCUUUGUUAGACUUCUGACUUCUAUCUGAUGGAAUCAUUCAUCCAAAGGGUUGGUGUUUUGGGUGUCACUGGAAGGAUGGCACUGAUCUUCACCCCACAAUGAACAGUUACUGAUGUGGAUUUCUAAUUUCUUCCUCAUACCUGAGACGGCAGCCCUAGGACCAAGAACAACACUGCCUUGGGUAUCUUUGUAGUGAGUCACGGCUCUGGAGCACAGCCCUUGAAGGCUGAAUGAGGAAUGGGGGGAAGAUCAAACAACAUUGUGAGGAACGACAAAUAACUUGCAAGGUCAACUCUAAGAUGCUGUGUUCUAUCCUGGAGUUUAGACCACAGGGAAGUCUCUUCAUUUCUGAGCCACAGCUUCCUACUUGGGAUGAUGCCCGCCUUACCUACCUCAUAAGCUUGUUAGGAGGAUAAAGUAACAUUAAACGUUCUCAAUGUGU